CACAGCCUGUUCGAUGAUAGGCUCGCGCCAAGCAUCCAAACUGUUCAUCGUUGUAGACUUUCAUUGAUUCCAUCUAAGCUGUCAUUUUACUACACCAUAUGAAGUUGGGUAAUGUUUCCCUCUUCAAUCCUUCGAUUUUUUCCUGCAUUUGGCGAUUGCAUUGCCACGGCCUCUCGCACAUGGGGCUAAAGGAAAAGUCCCUUCCACACUCAUUGAGCGGGGAAAAGUCUGUUCGAAUCACUUACAGCAACGAAUUGAAUUCGUUUGUAACUUUUUCCACCUGGCCUCCUUUUGUUCAGCUGAUCGCGGUUAUAUGAUGCUUCUCAAUCUGAUCAUCGUACCCUCUUUUAUUGAUUUAAUCUACUUGUUUCUUUUUAACCACCUAGUUCGUAUUGAUGCUCAUGCUCCUUGAGACCCAUUAGUUCAAGGAAUCGGACCACACGUCCUCUCAUUCAGACGUCCCGCCAUUCAUGUUCAUGAAAAAGGAAAACCCAUUUACGAAAAGAAAAAGACCCCACUUGAGAAAACCCAAUAAUUAGUGCUCCGCCAUUCGUUCGAUCUUCAGAAACCAGGCAGCAGUGCCAGAAGGAAAAAACAUCUAAAUGGCUCAAGAUACGUCUUCUAGCAUUGAAUCAUCUCGGAGGCGUUCUGGACUAUUGCGAGAUCAAGUCCAGUUAGUUAAGAAGAAGGACUCGAAUCGAUAUGAGAUUCUUCCAAUUGAAGAUCCUCUUUCAUUUGAGAAAGGUUUCUUCAUUGUAAUCCGUGCGUGCCAAUUGUUGUCUCAGAAGAAUGAUGGGAUAAUUCUAGUUGGAGUGGCAGGGCCCUCUGGAGCUGGGAAGACUGUGUUUACUGAGAAGGUGCUUAACUUUAUACCCAGCAUUGCUGUUAUCACGAUGGAUAACUACAAUGAUUCCAGUCGUAUCAUUGAUGACAACUUUGAUGAUCCACGCUUAACAGAUUACGAUACAUUGCUGGAAAAAAUUCAUGGUUUAAGAGAAGGAAAAUCUGUCCAGGUUCCUAUUUAUGAUUUCAAGACUAGCAGUCGCGCGGGUUAUAGGACUCUUGAAGUCCCCAUGUCACGAAUCGUCAUUAUUGAGGGUAUCUACGCUUUAAGUGAGAAAUUACGUCCAUUGCUAGAUCUUCGUGUAUCAAUUACUGGCGGUGUUCAUUUUGACUUAGUCAAACGAGUACUGCGUGAUAUUCAGCGAGUUGGCCAAGAGCCAGAAGAAAUAAUACAUCAAGUUUCUGAAACGGUUUAUCCAAUGUAUAAAGCUUUUAUUGAGCCAGAUCUUCAGACUGCCCAUAUAAGAAUUAUCAACAAAUUCAAUCCCUUUACUGGUUUCCAAAAUCCUACUUACAUUCUUAAGUCAACGAAAGCAGUACCUGUGGAACAAAUUAAGGCUGUUAUAUCCGAAGAUCACAAGGAGUUUACUGAGGAAACUUAUGACAUUUAUCUUCUACCUCCUGGUGAAGAUCCUGAAGUGUGCCAAUCCUAUCUGAGGAUGAGGAAUAGGGAUGGCAAAUACAGUCUCAUGUUUGAGGAGUGGGUUACAGAUACUCCAUUCAUUAUAUCACCUAGAAUUACUUUCGAAGUUAGUGUACGCCUUCUUGGAGGGCUUAUGGCACUCGGAUACACAAUUGCAACCAUUCUUAAACGAAGCAGCCAUAUAUUCUCUGAUGAUAGGGUGUGUAUAAAGAUUGAUUGGUUGGAGCAACUUAACCGUAAAUAUAUUCAGGUGCAAGGAAAAGAUCGGAUGCUUGUUAAAUAUAUUGCCGAGCAGUUGGGUUUGGAUGGUUCCUAUAUCCCUCGAACUUAUAUAGAACAGAUACAGCUUGAGAAGCUUGUUGAUGAUGUUAUAGCCUUGCCAGAUGAUUUAAAGACCAAGCUCAGCAUAGAUGACGAUUCACUUUCGAGUCCAAAGGAAGCACUUUCCCGAGCUUCUGCAGAUUGGAGAAACAAGUACCUUAACCGUGGCUUAUCACAAUCAUUAUCUAAUCGGAGGGACAAGACCUUGUCAAAGCUGACAAAGCUUGCUGUUAAUAGUAGGAGAUUUGAUGUGAGGGCUCCAGACUCCCCUGCAGGAGUCUCUAACCAGGGAGCUAUUACUCAGCUUUCAGAACAGAUUUCUACCCUCAGUGAGAGAAUGGAUGAGUUCACAACUCGCAUUGAAGAGCUGAACUCCAAGAUCUGUACUAGAAAAGUUUCUGCUAGCCAGCAGAACUUGGCUUCACAAUCUGAUGCAAACAACAACGGUACCGGAGCGACUUCGAUUUUCAUAUCUGGUUUGAGUAACGGCGCCUUAACCGGAUCAUUACUGUCUAGUUCUUCAUCAUUAUCCCAAUUGGCCAAGGAAUCUCCCUCGCUGGAAGAGAUACAAAACAUAGCACGGGGGCAGCGCCAAAUCAUCCUCCAGGUCGACAAUUUGAGCAAUCUUCUCCGAGAGCGCUCGAGCGAGAAGAUUUCCCGGGGGAAAGCUGAUAAGGAUGGGAGGUGGAGGAUUGCUGAUUUUGAAUCCAUCAGCACCUCAGUUUUACUAACACUUGCAGUUGGUAGUUUAGGCUUACUUUUGUUCAAGAGCCUGAAUUCUCAUAAAUGAUUCAAUGUGAUCACCCCCAGUUGGUUUGAAAAUGGCGGCAAAUUCUGUUCUGUGACAACUUCUGUUUCAGCACAGAAGGCAAAGCUACAUACGUUGGUGUUCUAAAUGCUCAGUAAAUAAGAUUAAAAUAUAGAUUUUGAUACCGAA